AUGAGAGUUAUCGCGGUAUUUGCCCUCGUAGCCGGUGCCUCGACGUUUCUAGCUCCCUGGACACCUACCAAAGCCCCGUAUCAUGUCCCGGAAGGGUUUAAGCUAGCAGCCGACGAGUAUCUUGUCAUGCUUCAUGAUAACCACACUAUCGAUGACCACAUUACCAACACUGGCUUGAACUUGACCGAGAGAGUAAUCUCCUUCAACCCCUUCAACGUCAUCAACGCCUACCACUUAUCGGUGCGGGAAGAGUAUUCCGCUUUCAUUCAUGAAAUUAUUCGACAUGACCCUGGAGUGGCGUACGUCCAUCACAACUACUACAACAAGGAAGAGAUCCCUGAAAUAUUGGGCGACGUGGUCAAGCGUGAUUUCAUCCCCGAUGACCCCAGUAUGGACAAAAGAUGGAACAAACAAACUCGAAAAUGCUGGACAACCUGGAACAUGGCCAUGAUCUCCGGUGGGUGGAUGCAGCGUACCAGCGAGCCCGCAGGCGUCCCGCAUGAGCGUGAGAGGCGAGACUUUGGAACUGACCUUGAUAAAGCCCACGAGGCGAUCUGGAAGUACCAUCCGGGACCUGGCGUGAACAUUUACGUCUUUGACACCGGAAUAAAGCUGUCUCACAGCAUCUUCAGCAAGUACACUGGCUUGGAGAAAAAAGCGAGGACCAGUCGCCUUUCUGUCCCCCGGCUGGACCAUGGAACUGCCAAUUCAUCGGCCUUUGACGCACACAUUGUCAAUGUCAAGAUGUUUUGUGAGUCGACGUCAGAGCAGAAAGCUAGAGGUGCUCCCAUCACAACAAAAAACUCGACGCCUUCGCACCCGGAGAGCUGGUUGAAUCCGCAAGUACCAACUGUGACUCCUGUUUCGUUAAACAUAAUGGAACAAGGACCUAGCGGGAUCCCCAUCAGACGAGGACGAACACGCCGACAAGAACAAGACGGCGGAAACUACCCCGACCUCCCCAAGCAGCAGGUUGAGUCUCAUCCCGACUCUGACAGAUGGAUGAUCGAUGUCGAUAUGAGUGGCUAUAAGCAUCCUGAGCCAGACUCCUCCGCCUGUUUCGGCCUUCAGACUAACCGCUAUCUGAACCGGGACGUCCUGGUCGGCAACAUUGAGCACUUCUAUGAGGCUGCACAGGCUCGGGCACGACGAGACCCCGGUUCCAAGUUCAUCUCAACCAUAUACACGCCCAACGAAGUCAUGCUGAUCAUCGACUACGAGACCCCAGACAUUGACUACGAGAUUGUUCAGGAGGACUGUGUCUUCUAUCUCAAGCACAUUGUGCUUGAUCGGUGCGAUAGUAGUUCCAAGGACAACCCAGGAAACUGGAAGGCCGGGGGAGUCGCCCACAAGGACAAGAUUCGAUACCUCACCGAACCACUCAAACAGCGAAACUCUUGGGCCGGGUGCAAGGUUGACGGUCGCAACGUCCACGUCUGGGGCGGUGGAUGGUCCACAACAGACAGCGGAAAACGUCUUAUCGAGGAGGCCAAGAACUGUGGGAUCGAUGCAGGGUCUCCCAAGUUCAACUAUGGCGGUGGUGAUGAUAACCGAGAGUGGACUGCAGAGAUGAAUGAGGGCUCUGAUGUUGACAACAAAUGCAUCUCAGAGGCUAUUGAGAAGGCUGGGGGACCCAAGGUGAUCUGUGAAAAGACGGCUCCUCCUCCUCCGCCGCCUAAGCCCUUCGAGCCUAAGUAUGACUGUCAGGGAAGUGGUCUGUGCGGCGGCCCCCUUUUGCAGGUGAAGCACUGCGACUAUGCCGUUAACAGAUUGCGCCGGAAUCGAGCAGAUCCCACCUGGUACGGGACUCAGCAAGCUCAAGACAUCUCCGUGAGACACCCAGAAACAACACUAAUCAUCUUGAACAGAGAAGGGCGCCUCACCGGCAACUGCUGGGCCAAGUCGGACGGUAUCGGCUGCGGUGUCUUUAUUGAGGGUAGCGGCUGUGAGUUGAUUGGUGAUGAUAUCUGGGAGUACUACCAGAAGAUUCGGUCUUCGUGCAAGAAGUGCGGCAAGGUUGAGUACAAGGCGGGUUGCUUUGUCAAGAUUGAUUAUGUGGCGGGGUGCAAUAACCACGACUGGAGGGCCAAGGCAUCACACGGAUAG